CCUCUUUUUCGCUCAUUUUCACUCUCUCUCUCAGUCUCUGUAGAUCCAAACACCUACCUUAAGUUAAUACUCUUUCUCUUUUCCCUUCCAUUUUUGUCAAUACUAAAAGGAGUGGUGGAGACUUAUGUUUCCCUCCUAACAUUCUUGACAAGUGAUUUAUUUUGAUAGAGUAUGGUUGUUGUGCAUCUCGGUCGAGUGGAUCAUGUAAUUUCAAUAAUGGUACUGUGCUAAUUUCAGUUAAAUUUAGGGUUUCAUUACUACUAAUAGGACAGAUCCAGUUGGCGCGUCUGUUUGGCUCGCGAGAAGGUUGAGGAAAAAGAGAGGAAUAUGAAAUUGAGAUUGGAUAUAACAUGUGGGGAAGGCCAUGUGAGUUGUUUGAACUGGACUAGAGUUAUUGAUUUGUCAACAGGGGUAAGCUUAUUGGUUCUCGCAGUGUGCACAAGAUGGGUAAAUGCAAGGGUUGUGGGAAAUUAGGAAGGAUGCUGCCAAGGGAUGGGCCUGUGAAUACAUACCAUUCUGCUCUGCUGUGUUCUCCUGUUGUUUCUGUUUGGGAUUGCAUUGCAUGCAAUAAAGUGCAACCGGUAGUGAGAAAAGUGAAAAAGAAGCAGGUGAAAGAUGAGUUGGAUCGUAUUAAACAGGCUGAGAAGAAAAAGAGGCGCUUGGAGAAAGCCCUUGCUACUUCUGCAGCCAUCCGCUCUGAACUAGAAAAAAAGAAACAGAAAAAGAAGGAAGAACAGCAGAGGCUUGAUGAGGAAGGUGCUGCAAUUGCUGAAGCUGUUGCUUUGCAUGUCCUACUUGGUGAAGACUCUGAUGAUUCGUGUAAGAUUAUGCUAAACAAGGAAGAGGGAUUCAACCGUUGGGAUUAUGCUGGCAAUUUUGAUCUAUUUAUGGGUAGAGGGAGUGCUUGCCUACCGCAUGAGGCUCACACAAACUGUGAAGGGUGGGUCUCUAAAUCAUAUAGAGCUGGAUGCGAGUGGGCUGAGUUGGGAAACAAUGAUUGGUCCUUCUCAUAUGGAGCUUAUGGAAGGGAUCUACAUGCACCAUAUCUUGAGGAUGGAGGCUGGGGUAGUGCAGGACUUUCAGCUGGUCUUAUUGCAGCGCAGGCUGUUUCAGCGCUUCAGAUCACAGAGGAUGCAGAGGUAGACACGAUUGUCCUGAAUGGGAUGUUGAGAGGCUAGACAAGUGUUUUGUUGUUAUGUUGCCAUGUUGCUUGGAGUCUUUGCUCAUAGCUAUGAAUAAUGGCUCUGUAUAUAUUUGUCUUGACUCUGUCAGUCAUCUGUUCUUAUUGCUUCUUCAGUAUUGAACAUUGUUGCACUAUCCUGCUCUCAUGUUUACCAUUUUAUCAAAUGGUCUGUUUCUUCAUGGUGUUCUUUUGUUGACCUUCUUCGUUUUCCCCAACAUGAAUGAUUUUGACUAAACUUUUGAGGCAUGACUGGCCUUGCUCUCACCAUCUCAAUGCAUUAACACAGAAGUUAAGAGUCUUAUGUAUUGGACAAUUGAUUUAGUGUGUUGUUGAUUUAUUUAUGAAUAUAAUGAUUUGUUGUUGUUUAUUCAGGUUAA